AAGAUAAACGUCCCGAGUUGCGCAACUUAGCCGAGUUGGUGGGAAGAGCUGGCAUUGGCUAUCUUCGGGCUUGUCUCCUCUCUAAAACAUAUUAACUGCCACUGGCCUACGUCUCACGCAUUCAGUCCUACAGACAGGCAGAUUCCAGAAAAUCUUCCCACCAUGGCACUGAAGAAUGUGUCCGGGAGAAUCAUGUUUUCCCUACUGGCCUUCUUUACCGUCUGCUUCUCUUUCCGCACAGCAUCUGCUGACGCGACGGAAGCGAUUGCACUGGUGCAGCAGAUUAAGCACCCCUUCCUCUCGACCUUUUCGCAAAUCUUCUCCAAAUUUGUUCAAUCCGAGUCGGAGCUCUUCUCAGAGCCGUCCACCCUCCUCGUGCCGUCCAACAUCGGUUUCGAGCAAAUCCAGUGGGAUGCUUUCACAGAGGAUCAGCAGAGGCGCAUAUUCCGCCUCCAUGUACUCCAAGGGCGAUGGGAGCUGUCCGACCUGCUGAACGCACAGCCAGGGUCGAAUUUCACAACCCGAGACAAUGGAAGACUGGUGACCAAAGUAAAGAAGGAUCGGGAGUGUUAUUUCCAGACUUACCCUCCCAUGAAGAUCCCUGCGCCGCUUAACAUUCCUGCUGCAGCGUCCACCGACAGGCUGAUUGCUCAUGGGGUCACGUUUGUUUUCCUGCCUCCUAAUUUCUUAGCGUGUCCGGCUUCUGAAGAGAUUUGUGAUAAGUGACAUUUUUCAACAUUGGGUGAGGAGGGAGGAGAGAACUUCAUUCAUGCUAUUGAAUACAGUUAUUGUGAAAGCUUGCUUUGGUCCUCUUGUAAAGGCAGCGUGUUUCAUUUCAUCUGGGAAACAAACAUGGUUCUCUUCA